CUUGUUCUCAUGAUCAUUUUUCAGUGCGUCAUUAAUUAUGACGUCAUAUACUGUAUUGGCUGUGUCGAGACUUAUUUCAUGUAAUUAUUGACGAAUCUGACAGAUGCCAGAAUCGUACUUAGCCAUAGGUGAAAAGCUUGUGGAAUUAAACUAAUUAGUAAUUUAGUAGAUUUGAUUUUUACACAAUAUGUUAACAUGUAGGUAUUUUUUAUAAAGGGGAAUAAAAUUAAAAAGUAAACAAUAUUGUUAAUUAAAUUUAUUAAUAUGGAAACAUUAAAAAAUGACACAAAACUAUCCAUAAACUGUGUUUUUAUCUUCUUCUCUAGGUGCUGUCUCCACUUCAAAAGUUGAUAAUCAUCAGAGCGAUCUUUAUUUCUGAAACCGCGGCUCUAAACAAUUCAUUGUUAUUACAUCCAAACCAUUUCCUAAGGUUCUUCAGCCAUGAGUUACGUCUCCUUACUAUGGAUAUUUUUCACUCGCGUCUAGAAAUUAUAAAAUAUUUUGGCUCCUUGGCUUCCACAAGGUCAAAGUUGUGACAGUUCUAUGAGAAUGUAAAAUAAAAUGCCGCGAAAUUCAAAUAUGUUUAAUAAGGUUAUGUUUCAACUGUUGACAUUAUUUGAAAUAUUGAUGUAAUAUUUGUGCUGAUUAAAUUUGUAUGUAUUACUAGUAAAUAAUAUUUGUGCUGAAUUAAUGUUACAAGACAUUCAUAAUAUAAAUUGCUGUCAGAGUAAUCUAGUAGAUGUUCUUAAACUAUAUAAGGCCUACAAUAUUUUGAGAUUAUUAUUUACUAUAAAUCUACAUAUUAUUUUAAAACUAUUUCGGCUAAAAUAGGAAUAUAUAAUGGAACAUAUAUGCACGGAGUGUACGCUCACAUUCUCAAAACAUUCUAAUUUAAGAAGUCACCUGAAAACGUUUCAUCCUGAUAAACUGGACAUAAUUGCACCCAACAAAACAUUUAAGUCUAUUGUACUUUGUAACAAAUGUCCCAAAAGGUUCUCUAAAUAUUCCAAUUUAAAAAGGCAUGUCACUAAGUUUCAUCCAGAAAAUAUCAACGAGCUGACUUCAUCUAAGAUUUGCCCAUAUCAAUGCAGUGAAUGCCAGAAAAAGUUUUCACAUUUACAAAAUCUUAGAAAACAUAAAAAAAUUCAUGCAAAAGACAGUGAUAUUGGAAAAAAGCAACAAAACUUCAAGUGCAGUUUGUGUAACUACGAAAAUUCUAUAAAAUCCAAUUUAAUUCUUGAUUUCGAAGAAUAUCAUGCCAUUAAAAUAGAGCAACAAGAUCUUCACUUUUCUAGUGAACUAGAAUUUCAAAAAUGGAAAACUAACAUGGAAAAAAAAGAAUUUUCUUCAUAUGUCACAUACAGUCAUCCAUAUACGACUGCAGAGGGGUAA